AUGUCUAGUGAAACACACACAUCACCUGAGAAAAUAAAAAAACGUCCAUCCGUUUCUUCAAAAUGUUUAUUAACUAUAAAAUCGAUUGUUACUCAAAACGUUUCCGCAAAUAGUAGCAAUAAAACUCGAGGUAUACGUUCACCAAUAUCAGCAACUGCACCCCUACCGUUAGUUGAUUCAUUUGUAUCAACAAAAGAUUCCAAUAAACAUUCUGACAAUGUAAAAGAAAUCGAUGAAAGAAAUCGAAAGAAACCACAAAUAGUUUCAACUCGACGCAUCGUUAUUGAUUCUAAAAAUAAUUUUGAUUUGAAAAAAGCAUCCGAUAGAGAAAUUAUUACGACAAAUGGUCAUGAUCGAACAAAAUUUGAAAAUGAAAAAUCUAAAUUAUCAUCUACUGAAUUAUCGCGAAGAUCAAUCAGUAAAACAGAACAAGAAAAUAUACAAACAAGCUCGUCUUCCAUCAGUGAUAAGGAAUCAAAAUCCGAACAGAAUUCUUCUCAAAUAUCUGUACCAAUGAACAAAAAAGAGCCAUCGAAUAUUCCACCUCUUCCAUUGAACUCGUCUGUAUAUUCUUUGGGUUCAUAUUCGUCUGCUAAUCAUAUAAAACCAUUGUUAUCAUCAUUUCCGACUCAAUCAUCAAAUCGUAUUAAUGAAGAAUAUAUAGCACAAUUAUGUCAUAUUAUUGAAUCGUCAACUAGUUCAAAUGAAACUAAACCCGAUGAAGGUUCUACGCAUCGUAGUCAAUCAAUACCUAUACAUAGAUUUGAUUCUACGUCACCAAGUAUCUCAACUAUUGAUGAAGAUGAUGAUAAUUUUAAUGGGCCAAUUGCCAUUGUGAAUAGUUCCUUAAACAUGCCAUCCGGUUCAACUAAUUCUAAUCAACCGAUGAAAUCACGUCUAAGUGAUCGUUCAGAAAAAGAAUAUCAUAACAAUCGAAAGAUGACAAUUAAUAAUCAUAGUCAAUAUUCUGCGCCAAAUCCACAUUGUUCAACAAGUUAUACACGUUUACCACAUGCACUACGUAAUAUGAGUCCUGCAUUUAAUCAUUCUUCACAAUCAGGUACGAUUCGACCACUGAUCAAUACGGCUCGUCCUAUUCGUCGUCAAUAUCCUCAAUUUGAAUCCGUUCGUACGCCCGUACACAAGUCAUUAUCAUUAACACAACAGCAAUCACCAUCUACAAUACCGUCAGAAGUAUUCAAUUGUUGCCAAACUGAAAACAUUUCUUUGACAACAGAGUCAAUUACAAUAAAACGAAAUUCUCGUCAAAGAAAUUCUCAACAAUCAACAUCGAUUGAAACUAGUUUAAAUGAAUCAGAAGCACGUUCGAAUUAUUUCCGUAAUGUUGCUAAUAUACGUGAAAUAAUGAUUAAUGCAUCGAAUCGAUUAACGAAAGAUAUUGGUUCAAUCUCGACUUUACCUAUUGUUGAUACUCAUUGUCAUUUCGAUCUUAUUUUUGAUCGUCUUCGUAUUAAACAUAAUGAUUUAAAACAAUAUUUCAAAGAUUAUAGUGAAUAUUAUCCAUCGGGUCUCUCAUUUGAAUUAGCUAUUCAAGUUUUUUGGCGACCUAAACAAUUAUCUGAAAGCAAUUGGACAACAUGGUUUUCGAGAUAUUUAGAUGAUGAACGUAUUUAUGGUGCUUGUGGUAUUCAUCCACAUUGGAGUUCAGCAUGGGACGAAACAUCAGCUGCAGAUAUUGAACGAUGUUUGAUGCAUCCGAAAAUUGUUGCCAUCGGCGAGAUUGGUUUAGAUUUUGGACCAAAAAAUACAUGUUUAGUGCAUGAACAAUGUCGAGCUUUUGAAGAACAACUUAAAUUAGCUGCUAAAUGGUUAAAACCUAUUGUUAUACAUUCUAGAGAUGCAUACGAACAAACAUUUCAACUUUUAAAAAAGUAUCUUCAAUCUGAUCAUAAGAUUCAUUUACAUUGUUUUGUUGGAACAAUGGACGAUGUUAAUCUCUUUACGUCUUAUUUUACGGAAAUCAAAUUCGGUUUUACUCCAAUUAUAACUCGUUAUAAUUUUCUUCAUACAACUAUUCAACAACUUGAAUUAACACAAAUUUUAUCCGAAACUGAUUCACCUUAUUUUACACCUGAUGAAUUAUCUCCAUUUUCACGUUGUGCUCAUCCUGGUAUGGUGUACAGUGUUGUUGAAAUGGUAGCGCAACUUCGACAUUUACCUGUGAUGGAUGUUGCUUGUCAAUUAAGAGAAAAUGCUCGUCAUAUUUAUGGUGUUUAA